GCCAUUACUACUCACUGCUGCAGGUAAGAUACUGACUACUGAGAGCUACUCCACACAUCCCCACUCAAAAAAGUUUUGGGAAAGUGAAAUCAGAAAUGGAUUUUAAAUUUUACUUUUAGAACAAGAUGAUUGAAACUUUGCAGUUAGUCAGAGACAUAGUGACGUCCCGAUCAGAGACGGUGCUGCUGCUCUUCCUCCUCCUCCUCCUCCUCGGUCCCUCCGUGUUGGGGCUCGGUGAGAGGGCAGAGUCACGUCACACAGGGCUGGUCUGAAGGCUUAUUAGCCCGGGGAACCGAGCUCCAGGCUGCCUCACUCUGCAGCUCUGUGCGCCAGCGGCGGAGGGCUGUCCGGCGAACUUCGCCCAAACUUUCUGGAAACUCAGUGAAGAGAACAGAAACGCUCUGACAAAGUGUCGCAACCCGCCUCACUCCUGACUCAAUCAAACUGCAGCUACUUCCCCCCUUUAAUAAUCAGAGCCUGCGCUUCUGAUACGUUUUGAAUGAACCUCCUCACGUUUGCGUAGAGACUUUCUUUUAUUUUUCGCUGCUGCGCUUUUUAAUUUGAGCUUCAGGUUGAGAUAAAGCUCCUCUCGUGAUGGCUGUGUUAUCUCUAGCUUUUCUGCUUGUUGGAUUUGUUUUGACUUCAGCUGACGAGGCUGGUGAAGCAAACCGGGAAGACCAGCUGAGGAGCCGGCUGAAGGAGUACGGCCUGGUGACGCCCUUCAGCACCGACUCCCACGGUCACUACCUGUCCCACCUGCUGUCUGCCACGCACAAGCAGCGCGUGAGGAGGGACGCGUUUCCCUCUGGGUCCGAGCAGAGACUCUUCUUCAACAUCACGGCCUUCGGGAAGGAGUUCCACCUGCGGCUGCGGCCCAACGACCGGCUGGUGGCGCCCGGGGCGAUGGUGGAGUGGCACGAUGAGGUUCUGGGGUUUGGGAACGCCACGGCGGGCGCCAACCGGACCGACGCGACGGAGAGGAUUCUUCAGCGGGAGCUGCUGAAGACGGACUGCACCUUCAUCGGUGACAUCACUGACGUCCCCGGAGCCAUGGUUGCCAUUAACAACUGCGAUGGACUGGCUGGGAUGAUCCGAACCGACUCGGAUGAGUAUUUUAUCGAGCCGCUGGAGAAAGGCACUCAGGAGCUGGAGGACCAGGGCCGGGUCCAUGUGGUGUACCGGCGGUCGGCGCUGCUGCAGGCCCCCUCUGACAACUCACUGGACUACCAGCUGCAAGAACCGGAGCUGGGCGUCGCCGGGUCGCUGGACUCACUGACGCAGCAGGUGAACCAGACGGUCCACCGCCGGCAGCGCCGCAACGCCGCAGAAAACGACUACAACAUCGAAAUCCUGCUGGGAGUCGACGACUCGGUGGUUCGCUUUCAUGGCAAGGAGCAUGUGCAGAAUUACCUCCUGACUCUGAUGAACAUCGUGAACGAGAUUUACCACGACGAGUCGCUGGGGGUUCACAUCAACGUGGUUCUGGUCAGGAUGAUCAUGCUGGGUUACGCCAAGUCCAUCAGCCUGAUUGAGAGAGGAAACCCAUCACGGAGUCUGGAGAACGUUUGCCGCUGGGCGUUUGUGCAGCAGAAAGGCGACCUUGAUCACGCCGAGCAUCACGACCACGCCAUCUUCCUCACGCGCCAAGGCUUCGGCCCCACCGGCAUGCAGGGUUACGCUCCGGUCACAGGGAUGUGCCACCCGGUCCGGAGCUGCACGCUCAACCACGAAGACGGCUUCUCGUCUGCGUUCGUCGUGGCCCAUGAGACCGGACACGUGCUGGGCAUGGAGCACGACGGCCAGGGAAACCGCUGCGGGGACGAGACGGCGAUGGGCAGCGUCAUGGCGCCGCUGGUGCAGGCGGCCUUCCAUCGGUACCACUGGUCCAUGUGCAGCGGACAGGAGCUGAAGAGAUACAUCCAAACCUAUGACUGUUUGCUGGACGACCCUUUCAAACACGACUGGCCUCAGCUUCCUGAACUCCCCGGCAUCAACUACUCCAUGGAUGAGCAAUGCCGAUUCGACUUCGGAGUGGGAUACAAGAUCUGCACCUCGUUUCGGACGUUUGACCCGUGCAAACAGCUUUGGUGCAGUCACCCUGACAACCCGUACUUCUGCAAAACCAAAAAGGGCCCGCCUCUGGACGGGACCGAGUGCGCUCCAGGAAAAUGGUGCUACAAAGGUCACUGCAUGUGGAAGAACCCCAACCAGCUGAAGGUGGACGGCGCCUGGGGCUCCUGGAGUAAAUUCGGCUCCUGCUCUCGGUCCUGUGGAACCGGCGUUCGCUUCCGGACGCGCCAGUGCAACAACCCGGCACCCUCCAACGCCGGCCAGGACUGUCCUGGAGUCAACUACGAGUACCAGCUGUGCAACACAAACGAAUGCCCCAAGCACUUUGAAGAUUUCCGAGCCCAGCAGUGCCACGAUCGCAACUCCAACUUUGAGUUCCAGAAUGCCAAACACCACUGGCUGCCGUAUGAGCACCCCGACGCUAACAAGCGGUGCCACCUGUACUGCCAGUCCAAGGAGACCGGAGACGUGGCGUACCUGAAGCAGCUGGUGCAGGAUGGGACGCGGUGCUCGUACAAGGACGCCUACAGCAUCUGCGUGCGUGGAGAAUGUGUGAAGGUCGGCUGUGACAGAGAGAUCGGCUCCAACAAGGUGGAGGAUAAAUGUGGUGUUUGUGGUGGAGACAACUCCCACUGCCGGACCGUGAAGGGAACCUUCACCCGGACUCCAAAGAAACCAGGGAAGACCAGAGGAGCCUUCUCUCUGCCCAAAGGAGCUCGCAAUGUGUUUCUAAAUGAAAGUGAGGAGUCUAGAAACGUUGUGGGUUACCUUAAGAUGUUUCAUGUUCCUCCUGGAGCUAGACACGUGCAGAUCCGGGAACACGAGGCCGACCCGCAGAUCCUGGGUAAGUGGCUUCCCGCCGGACGCUGCGGCCCGACCUCACCGCCUCGCUGGAGCUCUAAUGGGAAAAUGUUCCCUAAAAUCAGAGAUUAGAAACUCUGCAUAAUUUAUCUCUCGUCAUUUUCUCGGCCCGAGAGAAUCCAGUUGCUCAUUCAUUAUUCAUAAACCCAUUAAAGAGUCGCUUUUGGGUCCCAUCGCUUGUAAAAAUAUGUUUUUAGAGUUCGAGUCCACAGAUGUUUCUGGCCACAUGUCGGAUGAGUCGGAUUUCUUUAGGCUCAGAUCAGCAGAAACAGGAGAAGAGUCUUUGUGAAGCCGCUUCAUUUCUCUAACUCGGUAAUAAAACCUCUAAUGAAGACGUUGAACACUGAGAGGUUGCUGAGAGGCCAUGGGAAGCUAACCGGCUAAAUGACUUGGAAAAUACCACAACGCAUUUUAAUGUUCAGAUGAGCAAAGAAAUCGUUAAAGCAACAACUGCCUGAAGGCGAGAUGAUCAGCGGAGAGUUUCCACAGCUUCAUUGUGAUGAAGCUCUUCUCCUCUGUCUGAUGAAACGAGUCGCAGAAGUUUUGGUUAAAAGUUAAAGUUAUGUUCAAACUCUCAGAGUUGCUUUCCACGUUAUGUUUGCUCUGUCAAAUCUCUGGAAGCUGAAACGCAACACGAUUACCUUUUAAUUCUGUUUAUUGCUUUGAUUUCAUACUUUAGUUUAAUUUUCAAUCAUUUUUAAACUUUUUAAAUGUUUUUUAUUUAAAUCAGAGGUGUUCAACAUGGGGGUCGUGACACCUGGGGGGCCACAGGCGUACUGCAGGAAGGCUGUACAAUUUCAGAUUUUUGUAUAUUUUAUCAAAAUUCAAAGUUGUGUCUUUAAAUACACAAUAACAUUCAUGAUAAUCCAGCAUGUAACAAAUUAGUAGGAGGCAUAAAAUAAUCUAUAUUCAUUAUAUUCAGGUAUAUUUGGUGUUUGAACUAUUAAAAUAUCUAAAAUGCUUAAACUUAUUUUCUGAGUUUAAAUCAGAUAAUCUCUCCAUUAUUAGAAAAAAAACAAAUAACUAUGAUUGUUAGCAACCUUUGGAGUUGAAGAGGAAGCACCAGGUUCAACACGAGAUGUAGAAAAUAAACCAAGGAACCAACAAACCCUGAAAACCCGGUUCAGCAUAAAAGUAAUUUAUUUUCACUGCUUUAAUUCAGGGCUUCACCAGGACUUAAACACAGAGGAAGCAAUAAAUGUUAGGAUCUCCAAGGCCAAAGCAACGGAGACAAAAACCCGGGACUGAAAAUAAAACAAUGUUUUAUCUGUCAAAACAAAAGUUUUACACCUGAAGCCCCUGAUUGGCCACAGAGAAUCCAUAACAAGAUGUCUUCAGUAAUUCACAGAACAAAAAGAUCUAAUCACAGAAUCAGGGCAAAAGAUGCAGUAUCAUCCUGACAAAACUUCC